ACGAUAGCGGCGAGCGGAAAUCUUUGUACACACUGGGUCCCGACGCCUGAAAAAAUUCUGCCUCAAGGGUAACUUAAGAUACGGGUCCUUCCUCUAACAGUUGACGAAGAACAUUUAAGCAAAUCAUUACCCGAACCUUUUGCCACCUUCGUUUCUAAACCCAGCUGGAAUCAACUUUGGAAAAAAAGAAAAAAGAGAGAAUUCCCUUCACCACAAAAUAACAAACCGUAAUAAUGAGCGGCGAUAACGGCUCCACUGUUACUACGGUGCAGAUUCUUCGAAAGGAUACUAUUAAGGUCGGUUACGAUCUUACGGACACUAUCACGGUAGAUCUACUACAGAACUUGAUCUCGUCAACAUAUGUCCUGAUAACCGACACAAACCUCGCACCUCUCUACCUUCCCGCCUUCGAAUCCUCUUUCAAUAAAAAUGCACUCAAGUAUUCCCCCGAAGCCCGUCUCCUCUCAUACAUCAUCCCACCAGGCGAAUACUCAAAGUCCCGCUCCACGAAAGCUGAGGUGGAGGACUGGAUGCUCUCGGAGAAAUGCACUCGUGACACAGUCGUCAUUGCACUUGGAGGCGGCGUCAUUGGGGACAUGAUCGGGUAUGUCGCUGCAACAUUCAUGCGUGGGGUUAGAUUUAUUCAGGUGCCCACUACGCUAUUGGCUAUGGUGGAUUCUUCGAUUGGCGGGAAGAUGGCGAUUGAUUCGCCCCAUGGGAAGAAUUUGAUUGGAGCCUUUUGGCAGCCAGAGAGGAUUUUCAUCGAUAUGAAGUUCUUGGAGACUUUGCCGGAGAGGGAGUUUGUUAAUGGGAUGGCAGAGGUUGUUAAGACAGCUGCUAUCUGGGAUGAAGCCGAGUUUGCUAGAUUGGAACAGAGUUCCGGGUUGAUACUCGAGACGGUUAGAGCUAAGAGCUCGGGGAAUAAAGCUCAGAUAGGGAACGCACAUGUGGUAUCAGCAGACGAGCGCGAGGGGGGGUUACGGAACUUACUCAACUUCGGUCACUCUAUCGGGCAUGCUAUUGAAGCUAUCCUAUUUCCACAAAUGCUUCACGGAGAGUGUGUGGCAAUCGGAAUGGUCAAAGAAGCUGAGCUCGCUCGACACUUGGGUGUCUGCAAACCUGGCGCUGUCGCGAGACUAUCCAAGUGCUUGACCAGCUAUGGCCUCCCGACCUCUCUCGAAGACAAGCGUGUCAAGAAGCUUACUGCCGGAAAGCACUGUGGGGUUGAGAGAAUGCUCUCAAUUAUGGGUGUUGACAAGAAGAACGACGGGCGCAAGAAGAAAGUAGUCCUCCUUGCUGCAAUUGGUAGAACAUAUGAAAAGAAGGCAUCUGUUGUUGAUGACGACUCCAUUCGUGUUAUUCUCUCCCCAAGUGUCAUUGUCCAUUCCCAGAGAUCUGGUGUUCCAGAACUGGAAGUUACUCCUCCGGGAUCGAAAUCUAUCUCCAAUCGUGCGCUUGUCCUAGCGGCGUUGGGUUCUGGAACUUGUCAUGUUAAGAAUCUCCUCCACUCUGAUGACACCGAGCAUAUGCUUACUGCCCUUCACAACUUGGGUGGAAUCCAGUAUUCUUGGGAAGAGGACGGUGACGUUCUCGUUGUGAAUGGAAACGGUGGCAAGCUUCGAGCUUGUGGGGACGAGCUAUAUCUCGGCAAUGCUGGAACUGCAGCGCGUUUUCUAACUUCCGUCGCUACCCUGGUGUCUCCUUCGGGUGAACAUGAUUCUAUUGUUCUCACAGGGAAUGCCCGUAUGAAGCAGCGACCAAUUGGAUCCCUUGUCGAUGCUCUUCGCUCAAACGGAAGUUCUGUUGAAUAUCUUGAGAGCCAAGGCAGUCUUCCGGUUCGUGUUCCUUCAACAUCGGGACUUAUGGGAGGAAGAAUUGAGCUCGAAGCGAAGGUAUCCUCUCAAUAUGUGUCAUCAGUUUUGAUAUGCGCGCCAUAUGCUCGCGAACCAGUUACUUUGUCGCUUGUCGGCGGAAAGCCGAUUUCUCAACUCUAUAUCGAUAUGACUAUCGCCAUGAUGUCUUCUUUCGGAAUUGAUGUCACAAAGUCGACUGCUGAGGAGUAUACUUAUCACAUCCCUCAAGGAUCUUACAAGAAUCCGGCAGUGUAUGUCGUCGAGAGUGACGCUAGUUCUGCUACUUAUCCUCUUGCUAUCGCGGCUAUCACUGGGAAUACCGUUACUGUACCAAAUAUUGGUAGGAAGUCUCUCCAGGGAGAUGCUCGCUUUGCUGUGGAUGUUCUCAGGCCAAUGGGGUGCACUGUUGAGCAGUCGGACUAUUCUACUACAGUUCGAGGUCCACCAAAGGGCCAAUUGAGACCCUUGCCCCAUGUUGACAUGGAGCCUAUGACUGAUGCUUUCUUGACUGCAUCAGUUCUCGCGGCUGUCGCCAAGGGUGUGGAGAGGUCUUCUAUAACCGGUAUUGCCAAUCAACGUGUGAAAGAAUGUAAUCGGAUCGCCGCCAUGGUUCACGAACUUGGGAAAUUCGGUGUCACUGCCGGCGAGCUGGAAGAUGGUAUAUGGAUCCAAGGAAUAGACUACAACUUAUUGAAAACCCCCGAAGGAGUUCACUGUUAUGACGAUCAUCGGGUUGCUAUGAGUUUCUCAGUUAUUUCACUCAUUGCACCGAAUCCAGUCAUUCUCCAGGAGAGAAAAUGCGUGGAGAAGACAUGGCCUGGUUGGUGGGAUGUACUGUCUACCUCUUUCAACGUUCACCUGGGUGGUGUCGAGCUUCUGGAGAAUCCCCAAGUGAUGGAAGUGAAGAAGGGCUCCAAUCGCACGAUCGUCAUUAUUGGCAUGAGAGGUGCCGGUAAGACGACAAUGGGCAUCCGGGCGGCUAAGAUCCUGAACCGCCCGGUUCUUGAUUUGGAUACCGUGCUUGAGCAGGAGCAGAAGAGCGCACUGCCAGAGAUCAUCAAAAAACAUGGCUGGGAUGGAUUUCGGAAGCUGGAAUUGGAACUUCUACAGAGACAUCUUAAGGCCCACCCUGACAGUUAUAUUUUUGCCUGCGGAGGAGGUAUUGUAGAGACGCCAGUUGCAAGGAAUCUCCUGAAGCAGUACUGUUCUUCUGGAGGAAUCGUCAUCCAUGUUCAUCGUAAUAUCGAAAGGGUCAUGGAGUUCCUUAGUAUCGACAAAACUAGACCUGCAUACGUGGAGGAUAUGGUUGGGGUUUGGAACCGUCGCAAGCCUUGGUAUACUGAAUGCAGCAAUUACCAAUACUACAGCCCGAUUGUAUCUGAGAGUGAUCUGGCUAUUGCACAGGCCGACUUUUCUAGAUUCCUUGCAAUCGUUACUGGCAACUCGGAUUACCACGAGAGGCUUCUUAAGAAGACAAGAUCUUUCUUUGUUUCGUUGACUUUUCCUAACUUGGAAGAAGUGACGGGUGCCAUCAAUUCUGUCACCAUCGGCUCGGAUGCAGUUGAGGUGAGGAUAGACUUGCUAAUUGAUCCUACGGAUUCAAAUGGAGUGGCGACUCCGGCGUUUGUAUCUGAGCAGCUUGCUGUCCUCAGGGGCAAAACUCAACUCCCGGUUGUUUUCACUAUUAGGACUAAGAGUCAAGGCGGAAAGUUCCCCGAUGAAGAUCACCAACGGGCCCUGGAGCUCUACCUGGCUGGCAUUAGGAUGGGAUUGGAGUAUAUUGAUCUUGAGACUACCUGGCCUGUUGCACUGCUUGAGAAGGUUACUUCGGGCAAAGGUUAUAGCAAGAUUAUCGCCUCACAUCACGAUCUUGGUGGAGAUCUCUGCUGGAGGAAUGCAUCUUGGAUUUCUAAAUUCAACAUGACCCUCAAAUACGGGGAUGUGAUCAAGCUCAUCGGCCAGGCGAAGAGCAUACAAGACAACUACGAUCUGGAGAACUUUAGGAAAUAUGCCGCCACCCACGAAACCCGCAUGAUAGCGCUAAACAUGGGCGAAAAAGGCAAGCUCAGUAGAAUCCUGAACACCUUCUUGACUCCCGUCACCCACCCGGCGCUCCCGUUCAAGGCGGCACCAGGCCAGUUAUCGACAGUAGAGAUCCACCAAGCCCUCUCCCUAAUGGGCAUGCUUGAAACUAAGAAGUUUUACAUUUUCGGCACACCCCUCUCCCACUCCCGCAGCCCAGCGUUGCACAACACGUUAUUUCAGUCCCUUGGCCUGCCACAUACAUACCACCUCUUCGAAUCUGCUGACGUCUCUGCCACUAAAGAGAUCAUGAACACCGAGAACUUUGGAGGGGCAUCCGUCACGAUCCCGCAUAAAAUCUCUAUAAUCCCCCUUCUAUCCUCUAUUUCAGCCCAUGCUCAAGCGAUCGGCGCGGUAAACACCGUUAUCCCGGUUACUACAGAAGACGGAACGCGCAGGCUUACAGGAGAUAACUUUGACUGGGUCGGUAUCCAAAACUCCCUCCGCAUUGGCGGUGCCACCGAACCGGAGGGCCACUCUACGGCAACAGCGUUGGUAAUCGGUGCUGGUGGGACCUCCCGUGCCGCGGUAUACGCUUUACACAUGAUGGGGUAUGGUAGGAUAUACGUUGUAAACCGCACUCCUGAGAAUCUCAAGUCUCUAGUAGAGGCGUUCCCAAAAGAAUACAAUCUCAUGGCUAUAAAUUCCCUCGCCGAAGCCAAGAGUGUGGAAGUCAAACCAAUCACCGCGGUUUGUACGGUCCCAGCGGAUAAGCCUAUUGAUGACGCGCUCAAGGUUAUACUGUGGGAAUUGCUGGCCGGUGGAGCAUGCGCGGGGGUUCUAACGGAGAUGGCCUAUAAACCGACGGUUACUGAGGUUAUGACCUUGGCGGAGGGAGCAGGGUGGAGGGUUGUUCCUGGGUUAGAGGGGUUGGUUGGACAAGGAGUUGCGCAGUUUGAGGUUUUCACAGGGGGGAUUGUGCCAGAAUAUGGAGCUGCGAGGGCGGCGGUUCUUGGGGUGUAGGUGACAUUGACUUUGAAAAUGUGUACUGGUGUCAUAGCGUUGGGUGGGGUGGGGUUCAAUGAGAUAUUCGUUAUAUUAUGGUAAUACAGGCCACGGAGAAGAUCGUAAGAUUGUUCAUAUGGUAAUUGAGAGUGAUAUCUGAGAA